AUGUGUGGAUCUAGGCCUACGGGUUGCAACGUAGGCUGGGUUCAGUUUCAAGACAAAUGUUACCUGUUUAGCCACACGACGGAAACCUGGUCGGAUGCUGCAAGUGUUUGUAGAGUGUUUAACUCAAUUCUAGCUGAGCCAAGAACUGAAGCCGAAUCGAAAUUCUUGAUCAGCCACAGCCAAGGCCAAGGUGGGAGUUUCUGGAUAGGGAUUUCUGACAUCAUAGUAGAAGAUAGAUGGGAAUACUCCUCUGAUCAGAGCGUCGUUACCAUUAAUGAGUUUUAUCCUGGGGAACCCAAUGAACACAUUACUGGAAAUUGUCUCAUUUUGUGGGCGGCCUAUCACGGACGGUGGGGCGAUUAUUACUGCUCACGGCCAAAUAAAUUCAUCUGUCAAACAGACUCAGGGUCACCCGAGACGGAAGUUGUUGGAUGA